CGUCCAGAACGGGCUUUGCAGGAGAGAUUGGAUCAAUACCGCAAGCUGCGAGUCCAGGAUCUCACGAGAAACGACAUCCGCCGCUAUGUCACGUCGACUUUACGGCCCUACUUUACCUCCACGUCCAAUUCGGAAAAUAUAUCCUCUCGGCACCGCGAGUUCAUCGACGCUCUCUGUAGCAAAGCUGAAGGGGUAUUUCUUUGGGUCCGAGUCGUUGUAAGGAGUCUCCAAAAGGGACUUACCAAUCAAGACUCCAUAAACGACCUCUAUCAAAGACUUGGCACAUAUCCCGGUGACUUGCACAACCUCUUCAACGAUAUGUGGAACCGACUAGGCGAAGAUGCCAAAGUCUACCAAGCCAAGGCAGCAAAGCUCCUCAACUUGAUUAUUCAG